CUUCCUGCGGGCGAAGAGAGCGGGGUAGGAUCACUCGCUGUUGUUCUUCCAAUCGGAGAGGAUGGCCUUGGAGACGGUUCCGAAGGACCUGCGGCAUCUGCGGGCUUGUUUGCUGUGUUCCUUGGUCAAGACUAUAGACCAGUUUGAAUAUGACGGUUGUGACAAUUGCGAUGCAUAUUUACUGAUGAAGGGUAACCGAGAGAUGGUAUAUGAUUGCACCAGCUCUUCCUUUGAUGGAAUCAUUGCAAUGAUGAGUCCAGAGGACAGCUGGGUCUCUAAGUGGCAGCGAGUCAGUAACUUUAAGCCAGGUGUGUAUGCGGUGUCAGUCACUGGUCGCCUGCCCCAAGGAAUCGUGCGGGAGCUGAAAAGUCGAGGAGUGGCCUACAAAUCCAGAGACACAGCUAUAAAGACCUAGCAAGAUAAGAUGCAGGGCUGCCAGCAUCUUUGCUGUCCACUGCCCGCCUGUGCUUAGUUUUGUUGUGGAACUAAAUGGACAGAACAUCAAAUACUCUCCACCACCAACUCCAAGACUCAACAAUAGUAGCACAUCAUGUUCCUGGGCCAUUUUACCAUCUUUGGACUACUGGUGGGGGGUGAGAGGGGUUUGGGUUGGUGGAUUAACAGACUGAAUUGAGGGAAGAGUAGGAUGCUGGUUUUCCUUCUCACAGCCCAGGGCUGUGCCCUUGCCCACGGGCAGGACUCUGGGUCAAAUGCCAAUAAACAUGAACCCCUAGAAAGUUCUUAAGGCCAUGAUGCAUGCCUUGCUUCCCUCUCCCUUUCUCUUAGCUAAGCACAGUAAGAGCUUACUUGCCCUGUAAGCACCUUUCCAGAGCAGCAGAGGCCCUUCUGCUCCCUCUAUCCUGUCUCUGAGCCUUCAGGGUUGCAGCCUUUCUAGGGUGCUUCCUCGGGUCUCAUUAGAAGGUGUGCUGUCCUGAGGCUAGGUAGCCCCAGCAGUCUGGUAGUCCCGGUGUCUAGUGGUUGUAUCCUGCCUUGUGGACCUGGCACAGCAGUGUCCCUUGAAGAAAUACUGAGGCCCGUUACACAAAUAUUUUGUCCCUUGA